AUGAACGAUGAUGGAUUUGAAAGCUUUGCUGUUGAUGAUGAAGACUUGGAGCGAGCUCUGAACCCUGGAACUAGGAGGCAGUUUCAAAGCAAAAAUGAAGCCAUAUAUGGAAUAUGGGCAGGAAGAGAAGGUGGAAGUGAUGAAGACGAUGACGUGAUCACUACCCGAGGACGGGGAAAAAGAGAUGGUAAAAGAAGGACAAAUUAUUCAGCUCCUGUUAGUUUUGUUAGUGGCGGUAUCAAAGUAGGCAAUACGAUGGAAACUUCUAAGAAUGAGCCAGAGAAAGAAACUAACGCAAGGCCUCCUCCUGUGAAACAAGUUCGUCAAGCUGGAGCCAACGUUUUCGCAGGAAUGAGAGCAUCCGCUAAUCGAGCGGCUGUAGAUCCCAACAAACCCGCGGAUUGGGCAAAAUUUGGAAAAGGAAAUGUCAUUAUGAAUAUGAUGAAAAACAUGGGUUAUAAAGAGGGGUCGGGUCUUGGAGUAUCAGGACAAGGUAUAAUUGAACCUGUACAAGCAGCAGUAAGGGCUGGUCGAGGAGCAGUUGGAGCUUAUGGAAAAGAAGCAACGGGACCAAAGUUUGGAGAGAGUGCUGCUGAUGCUCAAAAACGUUUGGCAGAAGAUGCAGAAUCAGGAUACGUGAAUGAUAAUCAAAUAAGUAAAAGCAAACCGGGAUGGAAGAAAACAGCUGCGGUCAAAUUGAAGUACCGAACCUUGGAUGAAGUUAUGGAAGAGGGUGCAAAUUCUGAGACAAAGCCUUCUAGAGAACAUCUGAAGGAAAAGGUAAUCGACAUGACUGGGAAAGAGCAGAGAGUAUACAGUGGCUAUGACUCGUUCACUAAUCGUACCAGGCAAGUAGAUGAGGAACUUGUGAGGCGAGAACAUUUCGAUAUUCCUGAACUUGAGCAUAAUAUCAAUCUACAAACACAAACCACCGAACAAGUUGUGCGAAAGAGAGGCUUGCAAAACCGUACUAUGAAGGACUCUAAUAUAGCUCUGGAAUAUGAGAUGCAAAGGUUAAAUGAAAAGGAAGUAGAACUUCGCCGUGAGCUUCAAAGAAGAAAAGAAUUAGUUGAUUUAAUAAGAAGGUUUUCUUUGCGCGAUGACGAGAUUUCUCAUGCUAUGAACGAAUACCAAAGUUUGUUCAUGACGUUGAAGGAAAAGUUCCGCCUUGAAUACAAGUUACUCUCUUUGGAAUCGAUUGCAAUACCAUGUGUGCUGCCUCAGAUCAAGAAGUACUUCUCUGUCUGGAGACCUCUCGAUCCUGAACAUCUGAUUUUUGGAAUUGAUUUGAUGAAAGAAUGGAAAGAUAUAUUGGUUGAGAAUGAGGAUAAAGGGAUACUAGCUUCGAACAUUCAAUCCUUCGAUCAAAUAUCAGCAUUUGAUAGACUGUUGUGGGAAGGCUGGAUGCCUUACAUAAGAACAGCUGCACAACGUUGGGAACCAAGAGUACAAGUUGAAGUGAUGUUAAAGAUAAUUGAAGUAUGGCUACCAUUACUCCCGAAUUGGAUGAAAGAUAAUCUUCUCGAACAAAUUAUAAUUCCUAGAAUUGACAAAGCCGUGAAUGAGUGGGAUCCCACUCAAGAUGAUAUCCCUGUUCAUUCAUGGAUAAUUCCUUGGCUUGGUGUUUUGGGAGACCGUUUGAAACAGACCAUUUGUAGUGUGCGACAGAAGUUAGGAGAGAUCCUACAAAAACGAUGGACCCCUCUCGAUCAAAGUGCUAUUUCAAUUCUCAUGCCGUGGGUUGACGUAUGGGCACCAAAUACGCUGGCUGCGUUUAUGGCGCGGUAUGUUGUACCCAAAUUAGAUGAUUGUCUUAAGACUAUGAAUUUGGAUCCCAGAGAGAAUAUACACUAUCCAGAAUGGGAAGCUGUUCUGGCAUGGAUGAAAAUAAUUAACACCGACACAAUAGCCAGCAUUAUCAAUAGAUCAUUCAUACCAAGAUUCCAUGAACUGUUGUAUUCCUGGUUAGAUUCUGGCAAUGCUGAUAUGGAAGAGGUGAAGCAAUGGUACAGAGAGUGGUGGUCUCGAAUACCUAAGCCCUUGAUGGAUUUCCCAAGCAUUAAAGAAAAUAUGAGAAGAAUGUUGAUGCUCAUAGCCCAAACUCAAAAGGGACUGAAACUGUCCAGGUCUCUAGAAGUGGAGAUGGUGACAAACGCAACUGCUGCUCCAACAGCCCCAAUAGUACAAAGAACACCUCAGCAAUCAUUAUCGUUCAAAGAAAUGAUUGAAAUGUUAGCAAGUCGACACGAUCUUACGCACAUCCCUCAAAAUGACAGGUUUAAAGAUGGAAGACAGGUUUACUGGUUCGGACCUCUGUCUAUAUAUAUGGACAAGAGCAUGGUAUAUGUUCUUGAUAUUACAAGUUUUACUUGGAAAGCUGUAUCGCUGGAUGAGUUACUUCACUUGGCAGGCGUUACUGUGUAA